AUGGAACUGCCAUUCACUGGCUUUGAGCUGACCUUCAUCAUCGUCGCCUUCUUCAUCUUCUCACUCUUCAGCUUGGCUUCAGUAUUCUUCCGACCACAAGAAUCACACCCAGGUACACAAUCCUUCUUUGUAUUGGGACACACUCGAACUUCCUUUUAUCAGCUUUCCUGAUGAGUGUCUGCUCUCUUUCAGACGAAGGUGUCUGUGAAGAAAAGAAGCCGAGAAGAUUGGACAGAAAGCACAGAGUGAUCAUGAAGCACGCUGCACAGAGACCAUGUUAG